GGAGUCCCGGCUGCAGUUUCGCUUCUUCCCUCCCCUCCCCCAGCGGGUCACUUUCUUUUCAUCAUUAGCCCUAUGACCGUGACGCCAGCGUUCUCGGCGGCCUUUGACUCGUGCUGGAAAUGGGUCCUGUUCCUCAUUGCGAAGAAGAUAGGCCAAUCGCUCCUUUAUGCACUUUCCAUGGCCCUUCUUUCGUUCGGCAUUUUCACUCUCCACCGCCGCAGGCGAAUCUCCGGUCCUUCUGCCUCCACCAGCGACAACACCACCCUCUGGCUCGGGUGCUCGUACAUCCUCGCCAUGCUCUCCACCCUCCAGCUCAUCAUCGCCUUCCUGGACCUGUCGCUCUCCUUGCGCAUUCUGGAGCGCACGCUCGGUGAUCGGCAGGCAGUCGGGAGCUGCUCCCGUGCGCCGUGGCUGGCGAAUAACGCCGGCACGGCGUUCCAUGAUGUGGAUGUAGUGCAGUGGUUCUUAUUCGCCGUCGAUGUCACGUUCGCUGAUGCGAUAUUCAUCUACCGAUGCUACCUCCUCUGGGACCGGAAUAUCAGGAUCAUCAUCGCCCCCGGUGUCCUCCUGUUCGGCACGGCAAUAACCGGGAUCAUCGACUCCCUGCAGCUGGAGAGCGAUCCCAUGGACCAGCGCGUGCCGCUCAUUCUGGGAAUCCUCACUAAUGCCCUCCUCGUUGCGCUCUCCACAUGGCGCAUCGUCUCUAUCCGGCGCGCGGCCGCCGUUCUUGGCGUGCAAGGUCUACAGGGUCGGUAUGGCACCGUCCUCGCCGUGGUCGCAGAGUCCGGCGCACUCUACGUCGUCACCGCCUUGGUAAUCGUGAUCGCGCGGUCAAUCGACGACGGGCAGAGCGUGGUGUACUACGCCGCGCUCGGGGCGGCGACGCACAUCGUGAACAUCGUCCCGACGCUCGCCAUCGUCCGCUCCGGGCUCGGCUACAGCACAGAGGCGCAUGUCAACAGUGCUAGUCUGCGACAGAAGACAGCUAUAGCUGAUGAAAGGGCCGACGAGCUCGAGGAUUCGGUGGAGAAGCUGCCCUAUGCGUGA